AUAUUGUGGACACAAUAUGCCACCGAAGAAGUUAACCACAAAGAGGUCGAAGGAUUCCAAACCAAAGCCAUGGGAAGUGACAGAGAAGUGGAUGUCUGAAAUGGCGGAUAAUGAAUGGCUGGUAGACAACACUGCUGAUGCACAGGAUGCUGAGGAGUGGCUACCGUAUUGUGAUAUGAAUGAUCACGAGGCCGACGUAGACCCUGGACCUCAAUCGGGAACCAAAGAUGUGUUUUACGUGGACGCCGUCUAUGGCUGCGAAGUGAUUGGUCGGGCUAUCCGGCGGAUGAGAGCACUAUUGAGCCGAUACAACACUUGA